UCGGUUUAUCCUUGAACCAUAGUCCAUGGUCCAAAAUUUUCAGAUCCAAGCCCAUGAAUGGCGACAGGAGACCCCGAUGCUGCUGCUGAGUGGCUUAAACCCUUGUAAAGUUGGAAUAUUGCAAAACCCUUCUCUGAUUCAGUCGUCAGCAGCUGUAGGGGUUUUGUGAUCAAUCUAGAAUGGCUCUUUUUAGAAGAUUACAAGCAGUUCGUUCUCUUUAUCGAACGUUAGAGAUUCAAGACUAUUCGUAUCUGGUUGGGAGAUCAAGAAGCUAUAGUCACUUUUCAAAUGGAAUUUCAUUUUGUCCACUUAGGGGCCAGAAUACUCUUCCUUGGACUCAUGGAAAGACCACCCUUCAUUCUUCAAUGCAUACUGGUGCGACUUAAUUUCAGGCCAUGGAAUUGUCAAUUUUCUUUAACAGCAAGAGGUUGGUGACAACAGAGGCAAGAGCUCCCCCACAAGCACGUCAAAUGGGGGCUCUUAAAGUGUCCAUUUCAAGUCCUGGAUUCAUUUAUGAACCUUAUGCACCUCGUGAAUCAAUCCCUUUUUGGCGAAGGUGGUUCACAAAAAGUGGUUGGAGACGAACAAAAGAAGAUAUCAUUCUAGAGAUGAAAAGUGCUUAUGCCAUUUCUAAGUUAAGAAAAUCUGGAUACUCAAAACAUGAGUUCUACAAAAAGGCUAUUGACUUGUACAAGGAGACAAACACUCUACUGGCAAAUGGUGACAAAAAUUCAUUAAGGAAAAUAGUUACAGAAAAGAUGUACUCUGAACUCAAGAAUGAAAUUAAGCAUAGAGAGUCCAUGUGGAAUAAAGUUUAUUGGGAAAUGAUUGAGCCGGUGGUUAAGAUACGAACAUUGCGAGCUCGAUUGAUUGGUGUUGAUCGAAAAGACCUCAACAAAGUUUUCAUACAGCUAACACUUGAGCUUCUGACAAAGCAGAAGUUUGAAGCUUAUGAUUCAAAAGGCAUUACUGUUGCUGGAGAUAAAACAAAGGAGCUUGUUCACCCAUCUGUCUUGAACCCUAAAACAAAUGCACUGCCAUUUCUCCGCAGGCAGCACCACAUAUCCCCAAAUUGCCCAUCUAUCCUAUCCAUCACCACUAGCUCCUUUACACCCAAAAGCCGUAGCCUAAGCUCAUUUGCUGAUAGGCCUACUGCUGCCUAUUAUGAUAAUCUUGUCAAUGCUGCUGGUGAUGAACGAGACUUCAAUACACUUCGCUACCUCCUCAACAAGCGUGUGAGAGACAGCUGCUUCAACACCACUAACACCUUUAGAUUCAUCACCAACACUGAAAACUCUCUCUCAGUCUUAGAUGAUCUCACUGAAACUCUAGCCCGCCUUGACAGUGGCGUCCCUCGUACAAGUGCAUACAAUGCACUUAUUGCGCGUCUUUGCAAACUAGGUCGGAUUAAGGAAUCACUGCACAUUGUGGAUAUCAUGGCACGUGGGCAAUAUGGCUUAAGUGCAUGUAGCUUUCACCCUAUACUGAGAGCUCUCACGAAGAAGAAGAAGAUGGAGGUUGCCUGGAAAGUAAUAGAGAAGAUGAGGGCAGUUGGUGUUUUGCCUGACCUGACGGCUUUCAAUUAUUUGUUGACAGCAUAUUGUUAUAAUGGCAAUUCAGUGCCUGCAAUUAAGGUAAUGAAGAAGAUUGAAGAGGAGGGGCUGGGUGCUGACGCAAGAACUUAUGAUGCACUGGUGUUGGGCGCAUGUAGGGCAGGGAAAGUGGAGGGAGCUCUUGUUUUGCUGAGGAGGAUGGAGAAUGAUGGACUGCAUAUAUUAUAUUCUACAUAUAUGCAUGUAAUCAAUGCAUUGUUGAAGUUGGGAUACUAUGAACAGGCAGUGAAGUUUGUGAUGAUUUAUGGAGGGAGGGAUGCAGUAUUAGAUACAGAGAUUUUUGGGAUAUUGGCUAGUAAGUUGAUUAAGUUGGAGAGGUUGGAGGAAGCUACAAUAGUUUUGGAGGAAAUGGAGAGAAGACAUUUGGUAAUGGGUGAUAAAUUGAGGGAUUGCUAUAACUUGAAAGUUAAGAAUGUCAAAUUGUGUUAGCUGUUGUUUAUAGAGGACCAGCAUUUUCUGAAGUUGCCUAGGUAGGGAUUCAGCUUAUAUUUUUAUGGGCAUACAAGGCACUCCCUUUACAGAGCUUUAGACACAAUUUCAGUGCAAUUUCACUUGUUUUUCCUGGUAGUCAAGGUAAUUGCUGUCAGUAGUGGGUGCAGAAUAGUUGCUCGAAGACAUGUUAUUCUAUACCCAAGGAAAUGACUUACAGAUCAAAAUCAAUAGAAUGGGAUUAUUGGUUUGGCAUUUGUCAGUUAGAAGCUUACCCUUGUAGGUAUGAGGUGUUCUAAUUUAGAAAAUCAUUUAGUUUUGUUUCAAGAGUUUCAAGGUUGAAUUUUAUUCACACAUGGGAUGGAAGGGGUUAAAUAAGGGGCAAAGGACUCUUAUUGUGAAUUAUCCUGAAAUGUGUCUUCCUUUUUGUACACAGAACUGAAAACACUGGUGUUAAAUAUCCUUUUUGUCUUGUGUUCCUUUAAUUACGAAACUAUAGAGUACUCAUGAAAUAUUGUAGUUUGUUAUUGUUUGAAUAAAGUUUGGUAUGAUAUGCACUAUAGUUUUAUGUUC